AUGGCGACGGCGCCGGUGAAGUCCCAGCCGCUCCACAACUUCUCCAUGCCGACCUUCCUGCGCUGGGGGAGCGCCACCGCCAGCCACCGCCAGCACCGCCGCCCCUCCCCCUCCGGCGACUCUCCCCCGCCUCCCCCUCCCGACGACUGCGGGACGCAAUCGCGGCCCCCGGCGCUCGGAUCGCGCUCCGGUCGCACCCUCGGCUACUGCUCCGCGCCCGCCUCCUCCUCGUCGAGGGGAGGGGAGACGUUCAAAAUCAACAUCGCCGGCGCCGAUCACGGGAGCGGCGGCAACAACGGCAAGGGCAGCGGCGACGACAACGAAGAAGCCGAGGCGGAGGAGGCCGUGCAGAGGCCGUGGAACCUGAGGCCGAGAAGAGGAGCGAACAACGGUAACCCGAGGAACGGAGAAGUGUUUCCGGCGGUUAAUCCUUCGGUCCAGCAGGGCGAGAAGAAGGAGAAUGCGAAUCCGCCGCCGAAAUCGGCGCGGCUGCGAGGUUUCGCGGAGGCGGCCAGCGGCGAGAGGAAGGAGGAGGCGGAGGAGGGGAAGAGGAGGCUGUGGGUGUCGCUGUCGAAGGAGGAGAUUGAGGAGGACAUUUUCGCGAUGACCGGGUCAAGGCCUGCUCGGAGGCCGCGGAAGCGACCCCGGAAUGUACAGAAACAGCUCGAUAGCGUCUUCCCUGGCCUUUGGUUGGUGGGAAUCACGGCCGAUGCUUACCGAAUGCUCGAUUCACCGGCGAAGAAAUGACAUGCUCGCCUGGCUAUUUCUGCCUUCAAGGUGGCUUCUUUGGAGCAGAAGACGGGUGGUCCGGCGAAGUUACGAACCUAAUCACGCAACACCGUAGACCUCAAUUCGAGGUAUGGUAAUGCUGACGUACGGGGGAAAUUCAAUCGAGUGUAGGAUAAUUUAUAGGGUCAUAGAUUGGUAACUCUCGUUUUCCUUAUGCGAUGCAUCGCAUGCUGGGAUUGUGCAGGAAUCUUCGUAUAUAUGGUGUCGAGUAUAUCUAGGAUGCAAAGGGUACAAUCUAUCGGUACAGAGGGUUGUAAUUAGUUGGUCCGUCUAUAUUAAGGAUUUUUAUCAUAUUUUUCAUGUCGGUGUAACGCUUCGAAAGGAAGAAAAUAUGCCAAUUUACUAAAUGUCCGAGUAUGUUUUUCAUGGCUCGUGGACGAAACAAGUCCUCGAUGUGAAAAUUAUGUUAUGCCUUUUGGAUUAGGUUGUCCAAAUUGGGAAGUAUUCUGGUUUUCCGGGUACCUAUGAUGUUUGGCAGGCUUCCCUAGAAUAAUGUUAGGGGCCAGAAAAAGAGCCAACUUGUGGUUAUGAUGGACAGCUUUGUCAUUAAUCCUACUUUGGCAAUGGAUUUCAAAACGUGCCAAUUGGACGCACGCCUUGCUUCCCUUCCAUUGAAGAUAUUUCCUCAAUUAAGGUUUUGUCGUAGUGAGGAUGAGGUUGAAGCUUCAUGUUAUUUUUUUCGUUUUGCUCAUCUUCGACACGAAUCUCGUGCCUUCUUUUAAGAUUAUCAUAUCUCUUUGCUCUGUCGAAAUGAUGAAUUCUUACAUGAUGAGCAAGUUCUCUUGA